CUCACCAUCGUUGUCCGAAGUCGUCUCUGUCGCCGGACAUUGCCCAACGCCCCAUUUCUCUCCCCGACAUUGCUGCCGGCAUUGGCUCUGCUCUUCUCUUGUUCCUCCUUCCUUGCCAUAUCUCCUUGCAGUCCCUUGCCUCGCCCGCAACCUGCUCCUUCUCCUACUCUUUUCUGUCCUGCCCAUACUCACCACCUGUAGUGCAGUUUGACCCAUCUUCACAAUGUCAGCCAAGUCCAUCCUCGAGGCCGACGGCAAGGCCAUCCUCAACUACCACCUCACCCGCGCCCCAGUCAUCAAGCCCACUCCUCUGCCUGCCCAGGCCACACACAACCCUCCCCCCAAGCUUGCAUCGCUGUACUUCCCCGCCGACGAGGAUGUCAAGGGCGUCCUCGACCAGGCAGAGGCCACAUACCCAUGGCUGCUGACCCCCGGCUCCAAGUUCGUUGCAAAGCCAGAUCAGCUCAUCAAGAGGCGAGGCAAGAGCGGUCUGUUGGCCUUGAACAAGACCUGGCCUGAGGCGCGUGAGUGGAUCGAGGCGAGGGCAGGAAAGGAGCAGCGUGUUGAGACUGUUGAUGGUGUCCUGAGACAGUUCUUGGUCGAGCCCUUUGUCCCCCAUCCCCAGGACACCGAGUACUACAUCAAUAUCAACUCUGUGCGAGAGGGCGACUGGAUCCUCUUCACCCACGAAGGCGGUGUCGACGUUGGUGAUGUCGAUGAGAAGGCAGAGAAGCUUCUCAUUCCCGUCGACCUCAAGGAGUACCCUUCAAAUGAGGAGAUUGCUGCUACUCUCCUGAAGAAGGUUCCCCAGGGUGUACACAACGUCCUCGUUGACUUCAUCUCAAGAUUAUACGCCGUCUACGUCGACUGCCAAUUCACCUACCUUGAGAUUAACCCCCUCGUCGUCAUCCCUAACGAGGAAAAGACAUCAGCUGAGGUUCACUUCCUUGAUCUUGCUGCCAAGCUCGACCAAACUGCUGAGUUCGAGUGUGGUGCCAAGUGGGCUAUUGCCCGUAGCGCAAAUGCGCUCGGAAUAGCUGCUGCUCCUGCAAAGGAUGGUAAGACUACCAUCGACGUCGGCCCCCCGAUGGAGUUCCCUGCUCCUUUCGGUCGUGAGAUGAGCAAGGAGGAGGCAUAUAUUGCCGAGAUGGACGCAAAGACUGGUGCUUCUCUCAAGCUGACCAUUCUCAACGCCACUGGCCGUGUCUGGACCCUAGUUGCUGGUGGUGGUGCUUCCGUCGUCUACGCCGACGCUAUCGCCUCUGCUGGCUUUGCUAGUGAGCUUGCCAACUACGGUGAAUACUCUGGUGCCCCCACCGAGACCCAGACCUUCCACUACGCCCGCACUGUCCUUGACCUCAUGCUCAGGGCACCUCAACACGAGGAGGGCAAGGUUCUCUUCAUUGGUGGUGGUAUUGCCAACUUCACCAACGUUGCCUCGACCUUCAAGGGUGUCAUUCGCGCUCUGAGGGAAGUCGCUCCUCUUCUCAUUGAGCACAACGUCCAGAUCUGGAUCCGUCGUGCUGGUCCCAACUACCAGGAAGGUCUUAAGAACAUCAAGAGCGUCGGCCAAGAGCUCGGCCUCAACAUGCACGUCUACGGCCCUGAGAUGCACGUGUCGGGUAUUGUGCCCUUGGCUCUGAUUCCCGGCAAGACGACGGACAUUAAGGAGUUCUCUGGUUAAGCGCGUGCUUUGUAUAUUAGGGUCGCGGGUGUAAAUGGGGAACUGCUAAAGGCUCAUGAUGAUGGCUAGACAAAGAGUUGAUGUUUGACAACUGUGCAUGGCGUGAAGAAUGCUGUGGCGAAGCCAGUGUUGCUUUGCCU